CCGGGAUGGCGCUCACUGCCACUGUUCUGAUUUUCACCUCCCUCCUGCAAACUGCCAUCUCCCUGAACCCCGAGGACCCCAACGUGUGCAGCCACUGGGAGAGCUAUGCUGUGACUGUCCAGGAAUCGUAUGCUCACCCUUUUGACCAGAUCUACUACACACGGUGUACGGACAUCCUCAACUGGUUCAAGUGUACCAGACAUAGGAUCAGCUAUAAGACCGCAUAUCGGCGAGGCCUGCGCACCAUGUACCGGCGGAGGUCCCAGUGCUGCCCUGGCUACUACGAGAACGGGGACUUCUGCAUCCCCCUGUGUACAGAAGAGUGUGUGCAUGGCCGCUGCGUUUCCCCGGACACCUGCCACUGCGAGCCUGGCUGGGGAGGGCCCGACUGCUCCAGCGGCUGCGACAGUGACCACUGGGGCCCUCACUGCAGCAACCGGUGCCAGUGCCAGAACGGCGCCCUCUGCAACCCCAUCACGGGCGCCUGCGUGUGCGCCGCCGGGUUCCGCGGCUGGCGCUGCGAGGAGCUCUGCGCACCCGGAACGCACGGCAAGGGCUGCCAGCUCCCGUGCCAGUGUCGCCACGGCGCCAGCUGCGACCCCCGCACGGGCGAGUGCCUCUGCGCACCGGGUUACACCGGCGUUUACUGCGAGGAGCUGUGCCCGCCUGGGAGCCAUGGGGCUCACUGUGAGCUGCGCUGUCCCUGCCAAAAUGGGGGCACCUGCCACCACAUCACUGGUGAAUGCGCCUGCCACCCCGGCUGGACGGGAGCUGUGUGUGCCCAGCCUUGCCCACCAGGGACAUUUGGCCAGAAUUGCAGCCAGGACUGCCCUUGCCAUCAUGGAGGGCAGUGCGACCACGUGACAGGGCAAUGCCACUGCACCGCCGGCUACAUGGGCGACAGGUGUCAGGAGGAGUGCCCUUUUGGGACCUUUGGCUUCCAAUGCUCACAGCGCUGUGACUGCCACAAUGGGGGCCAGUGUUCACCUGCCUCGGGCGCCUGUGAGUGUGAGCCGGGAUACAAGGGCCCGAACUGCCAAGAGCGGCUGUGCCCCGAGGGCCUCCAUGGCCCAGGCUGCACCCUUCCCUGUCCCUGUGAUGCCGACAACACUAUCAGCUGCCACCCAGUAACCGGCGCUUGCACUUGCCAGCCAGGUUGGUCUGGCCACCACUGCAAUGAGUCCUGCCCUGCUGGCUUCUAUGGUGACGGCUGCCGGUUGCCUUGUUCCUGUCAGAAUGGUGCUGACUGCCACAGCAUCACUGGCAGCUGCACUUGUGCCCCAGGCUUCAUGGGGGAGGUCUGCGCGGUGCCCUGUGCAGUGGGGACCUAUGGCCCCAACUGCUCCUCCGUCUGCAGCUGUAACAACGGCGGGGCCUGCUCACCCGUGGAUGGCUCCUGCACCUGCAAGGAAGGGUGGCAGGGUCUUGACUGUGCCCUGCCCUGUCCCAGCGGCACCUGGGGCCUGAAAUGCAACGAGAGCUGCUCCUGUGCCAACGGGGCGGCCUGCAGCCCCACAGACGGCUCCUGCUCCUGCACCCCUGGCUGGCUGGGAGACACCUGCGAACUACCCUGCCCAGACGGCACGUUUGGCCUGAACUGCAGUGAGCGCUGUGACUGCAGUCACGCUGACGGCUGUGACCCCGUCACCGGCCACUGCUGCUGCCUGGCCGGAUGGACAGGCAUCCGCUGUGACAGCACUUGUCCACCUGGUCGCUGGGGCCCCAACUGCUCCGUCUCCUGCAGCUGCGAGAAUGGUGGUUCCUGCUCCCCGGAGGACGGAAGCUGCGAGUGUGCCCCUGGCUUCCGGGGACCUUUGUGCCAGAGGAUCUGCUCCCCUGGGUUCUAUGGCCAUGGCUGUACCCAGCCUUGCCCCCUCUGCGUGCACAGCAACGGGCCCUGCCACCACGUCAGUGGCGUCUGUGAGUGCCUCCCUGGAUUCUCAGGAGCCCUCUGCAAUCAAGUGUGUGCUGGAGGGCACUUUGGGCAGGACUGUGCCCAGCUCUGCUCCUGUGCCAACAAUGGGACCUGCAGCCCCAUCGACGGCGCCUGCCAGUGUGUCCCUGGGUGGAUCGGCAAGGACUGCUCACAGGCCUGCCCACCCGGGUUCUGGGGCCCCGCCUGCUUCCACACAUGCAGCUGCCACAACGGGGCGCGCUGCAGCGCCGAGGACGGGGCCUGCCACUGCACCCCUGGCUGGACCGGACUCUUCUGCACGCAGCGCUGCCCAGCAGCGUUUUAUGGGAAGGACUGUGGGCGUGUGUGCCAGUGUCAGAACGGCGCCAGCUGUGACCACAUCAGUGGACAGUGCACCUGCCGAACAGGCUUCACCGGGCGGCACUGCGAGCAGAGAUGUGCCCCAGGAACCUUUGGGUAUGGGUGUCAGCAACUGUGUGAGUGCAUGAACAAUGCCACCUGUGACCACGUCACCGGCACCUGUUACUGCAGCCCUGGAUUUAAAGGCAUCAGAUGUGACCAAGCUGCCCUCAUGAUGGAGGAGCUGAAUCCCUACACCAAGAUCAGCCCGGCGCUGGGCGCAGAGCGGCACUCCGUGGGCGCGGUCACGGGCAUCGUCCUCCUGCUCUUCCUCAUCGUGGUGCUGCUCGGCCUGUUCGCCUGGCGCCGGCGGCGGCAGAAGGAGAAGGGCCGGGACCUGGCUCCCCGUGUCUCCUACACGCCUGCCAUGAGGAUGACCAGCACUGACUACUCCCUCUCAGGUGCUUGUGGAAUGGAUAGACGUCAGAACACCUACAUUAUGGACAAAGGCUUCAAAGAUUACAUGAAAGAAUCUGUGUGCAGCUCCAGCACUUGCUCCUUGAACAGCAGUGAAAACCCUUACGCCACAAUUAAGGACCCGCCUAUCCUCACCUGCAAGCUUCCAGAAAGCAGCUAUGUAGAAAUGAAGUCGCCUGUGCACAGGUUGUCUCCGUACACAGAUGUGCCGUCCUUGUCGACAUCUAAUAAAAAUAUAUAUGAAGUUGAGCCCACAGUCAGUGUGGUCCAAGAAAGCCGCGAUUGUAAUUCCAGCUCUGUCCAGAAUCCAUACAACCUACCUAAGAACAGCCAUAUUCCUGGUCAUUAUGACCUCCUCCCAGUAAGACAAAGCCCUGCCAGUGAGCCCUCCCAGGACAAGCAGUCUUAAGAGGGAUAAGCUUCUCUAUUGCAAUGUACUCUGCCGACUAUUCUUUCUCAAAGAAGAUAACCCUCUGGCUUGAAUAAUGGUACAGACUCCAGC